CAUAGUCAAAGAGGAACUGAACUGGAGACACUAUGAAAAUGGGGUUUGGUUUAGUUUUUCUGCUAGUUUUGAGUUUGGGUGUGUUUGAUGUAUGUGAAGGGAAAGGGAAGGGUUAUGAAGAAGCAGUGAAUUGUAAGAGGCUUGAGUGUGCUCCAUAUGAGGUGGUCCACUCCCAAAAGGACUAUGAAAUCAGAAGCUAUACAACUUCAAUGUGGAUUUCGACUCCACCCCUCAAUUCUUCCUCCUACAAGGAUGCAGUUGGUAGAGGCUUCAACAUCCUCUUUGCCUACAUUCAAGGCAACAACAAUCAAAGGGCGAAAAUCGACAUGACAGCACCAGUUUUGGUUGAUAUUUUCCCCUCCACAGGACCCUUCUGCAAUUCAUCCUUUAUCAUGUAUUUUUAUGUGCCCACUAAGUACCAAAACAACCCUCCUCUAUCAGCCCAGGCUCACCAAGUGAAGCUCCCUAAACACAAGUAUGCUGCUGUGAGGAGGUUUGGGGGAUUCAUGGAUGAUUCCAACAUUCCCACUCAAGCAUUGGCCUUGAGGAGAAGCCUCAAAGGCACACCCUGGGAGACCUCAAUUUCAACCAAAAACAGAGUACUAACCUACAGUGUGGCUGGUUAUAACUCACCAUUUGAAUAUGAGAAUCGUGUAAAUGAAGUUAUAUUCUGGUUUGAUAGACCCUGAAAGAUCAGGGAGGAAUAAAUUUAGGGUAAGAUGAGGAAUCUGAGGAAGCUGUUGUCAUUGAGAAAAAGGAAGGGAAGGAAAAGAAAGGAGAAGAUGAGCUAUCUUUGUCAAAGGAGAUCCUAUUCUAUGGGGUUUAGACUAUGAUUGAGUUUCUACUUUUUCCUUGGAAAUAAUUGCAGUUUUACAUUUGUUUAAUCACCCACUUGAACUUUAAAGAAAUGAGUGGCAGACAAGGGUUCAUAUGUCUUCUAAAUACUAUAUCAAGAGAUUGAUUGGUUUGAUCCUU